AUGGCGACUCCAUCGGCGAAGCCAGCUGCGACUCCCAUCCACCUGACGUCCUCUCCACACCCAUCCGGGCCCAUCCCUCGAUCCUUCGCGCAUAAAUCACCCUUGACACGAACGCCGUCGGCCUCGGGACCCUCUCAGCUACACCAGAUCAGCACUUCUUCUCUGCAAUAUGCCACACCGCUCGCUGUGACAAAUGGCGUGGACGAUACCGUAAGCUUCAGCUCGCCCUCUGCACUUUUGGCUCUUGGCGGCUAUAGCGGGAUCAGCCCCUCGCCCGCCGUCAAUGAUGGCCUUGUCGGCGCGGGAAUGCAUGAGAAUGACAUCCAUAAUCUGGGAAUGGGAUUCAAGCUCCGUGUUCCCCGAGACAAUGACGCAGUACAGCAACGCCGGAUUGAAGAGGUGGUCCAGUGUCUACGUGCGCGCGUUGCGGGGCGAGGUGUAUCGCGGGAAGGAGUUGAGCGACUCAGCCGGCUAGAAGGAUUUGAGUCAAUCUGGCAAGAAGACAAUAUCAACAUUGCGGGGAAUUUCGUCGACCUUGAAAUUGAGUUUCACCCUGGCCAUAAUGCUGUGAAGGACGUGAGCUUGCGAUAUGCCACGCCAGAAUACACAGAGGGCGAACGGCGCGAGGAAGCCACUGCGGUAUUGAAACGCAACCUUAUUCAGUCUCCGCUUGAUGCUGAACGUGGAUAUUGGAAGCCGUCCCAGGGAUUUUACGAGAGCCUGCAAUGGCUUGCAAAACAUGAUAAACUCAGCCAGGAGAUCAAUUGCUUUGAAGCAUUGGAGGGACUGGAAGAGAACUUCAGACGGAUAUGGGGAGAAGAGGGCAAGACAGCAAAAUAUGGCGGAGAUCAUGAGCAUCUCUGUACGGGGGCUCGAAUUGGACUCGGCUUGGAGUACUGGGUUGGGCAGGCCAAGGUCCUAGAUGCAAAAGAACAAACCACAUCCCCUGACGCCAUGGUGAUUGACCGACCUGAACACCGUGAUCUGGAUGAUCAGCCCCAGAUAUGGACUAUUAUGCUUGAGUGCGAAGAGGGAUAUCCCUCACUGCGCAUCUCGAAAGAAUGGGUGGGUAGCGAAGUCUUCACAGCGGGCGAGAGAAACGACUCCCUGCCUUCAAAUGGCGCCGCGGGGUCUGUGAAUUGGCUUGAUCCUCCACAAACGAUGCGUCUGUUGCAUGGAAAUCACCCUGAUCCGAUGGCGCUUGACUCGGGCAUGCUGGAAUCGUCCGCUCCAAACCGUCGGUUUGUCGCUAAGCUUGACCCCCCACUUGACGUCCCUAUACUCGCAGCCUCAGAGAUUUAUCGACAUCUGGGUAUGCAGCUACCCCAAGAAUUCAAAAUAUUCACUUAUGACGGCUUGCUCGUACCGGAGUGGUCGCCAUUGUCAUCAGCAGAUCCCUCCCAUCAUCCAGGCCGGAGAAGACAGACGAUAUCAAUGCACGCGUUUGACUCGAAGGGUGCACCGUACAACAAACAACACAGCUACACUUUCCAGGCAUUUGAGUCUGUUGCUGGUCGUACAAUCCGUGAUCUUCCAUUUUCGCAUCCUCGACAGCUUGCAGAUAUCCUUCCAAUUCUUCGUCAAUAUGCCUUGUUGGCCAGUUUGAUCCGAACCACCUUUCACUCUCCAAAGAAACCAGACGAGAAAGAAAAGUCUUCUAAGAAGCAACCAAAGAGUUCCUCACCUGCCCUGGAACCAAGUAUCUUUAAAGGUACUAACGGGCUCAUCAACUUAAGCAACGACGAUCCCAGCGAAAGCAGACUAGACUCAUUGCUUAGCAAAAAUGAUGCAGAUGACUCUGAAGACGGGUCAAUCAAACGUAAGGACACAAUUGGGGUACGCAAGGACGACGUGAAAGUGGACGUGACUUUGCGCACACAACUCGGACACGCUCCAGCGCUGAUGUUGCUUCUCACAAUACCCGAUGGAACCGAUCCAACUUCCUCUGAAUCUACCCAGGCUGUGCCGGAAUCUCGCCGGAUUUCGAUCUGCCUUGAAGUUGGAUUGAAUGGCCGGAUUUCGACGGUGGAUCUCGCUGGGCUUCUAGACGAGGAAAUUGCGAAUGGUGGGGACGCUGAGAUGCAGGGGGCGGACGAGACCGACUCUAGCGCGCAGGAGAUGCGCAAGAAGAUUGCUAGAGUUCUCGAAAUCUCGCAGGAUUUGGGUAUUUUGGUAGAGUGGGUACUCCGCCGGCUACGAGAACGAGCUGGCGCAUAA